AUGACGAGGAUCGAUGAUGAACGAGAAGUGAUGCCACCGAGAGUUUUUCUGAUGCCACCACCCAUGGUUAUUGGUUUUCCACCAUUUUAUCACGCUGCUCAGCCAAGGUUUGUGGAACGGCUGCCCCUUCUAGAACCUAGUCCCAACAGUUCGGUUGUGAUCAGGCAAGUGUGGGCUGCCAACGCUGAUUCUGAGUUCCAAAUCAUAAGCAGCCUGAUUGACAAAUAUCGAUUUGUCUCCAUUGACACUGAAUUCCCCGGUGUAGUCAUCCUGCCCCGCAACAAGAAUUACCGGAAUCUUGUCCCAGAAGAAACUUACCAAGUCAUGAAGGCCAAUGUGGACGCACUCAAAAUCAUUCAGCUUGGACUCACUCUGUCAGACGAGCACGGCAACCUCCCUGACCUAGAAACCAACAACAUAACUCACUACAUCUUGGCUGGAGUUUCUUCGGUGCAUUUUGCAAAGUUGGCAGCAGCAUCCGGGCUGCUGUUCAACAAAGCACUGACAUGGGUCACAUUCCAUGGUGCUUAUGAUAUCGGAUAUUUGGUGAAAAUUCUGACGUGGGGUGUUCUUCCAACAAGCUUGGAGGAGUUCUUGGUGCUUGUAAAAGAGCUGUUUGGGGGAAAUGCUUAUGAUGUGAAGCAUGUGAUGAGGUACUGCAAUGGCCUCUAUGGCGGUUUGGAGAAGGUGGCUGACACACUUCAAGUGGACCGAGUUGUUGGGAAGUGCCAUCAGGUUGGAUCGGACAGCUUGCUCACCUGCCACACCUUUCACAAGAUUAGAGGAACUUAUUUUUUAACUAAUGAUAAUGGGUUUAGGAAAUAUGUUAAUGUAUUUUUUGGGUUGGAAAUUGCUAAAGCUUAA